CCAAAUGAAGUUUAGCCAAGCCCAAAAAACAUGUCUAGCAGUAGAAAAAAUAACCAUAGUAACACAAAUCAAGAAAGCAAAUUGUUUGGAACCAGAAAGAGGGCAGAACAACCCUAAAAAGAAACAGAUGCAAAUAUUUAUAAAGGCAAAAAAAAUUAAGCUCAGAGAUCAUCAUCCUCCUCCAAAUGAGAACUCUCCCCCUGGGUAGAGCCAUCAUCUGCCCUCAGGAGGAUGGAGUAAGAGCUCUUGAGGAUGGAGGAGGGGACCUUAUGGGAAGGAUGUUGACUAUUUCUGGCACCAUGUGUAAGCUCUCUCCACAUUAUGACCUCCCCUGUGAGCACAUCUUGCACAUCAUCCAAGCACAGAAAUUUGUUCACAAGCUCAGAGGAAAAGGCAUAAUACUUCCCUCGCACAAAUACCUUCUCAAAAUUCUCAUCAACAGAGGCUACAAAGUUCUCAUUCAGACUGCAGUAGAAUUCACGCACAACUUGUUUGACAUAGGACCCUUGCAAGAGGCGGCUCUCAAAUUGGAUGGUAGGAGCGGUAGCGCUCUGGACGGCUCCUCGAGGGCGGCGGCGCACCAACUUGGACGGCAAUCUCCCUGGACUGGCGGCGGCUCGACAGCAACUGGGUCAGCGGCUGCACCUUCUCGAGGCGGCGACAAUCUGCGGCAAGUUACGCUGGCGGUUGCGCGGCUGGACGGCGACUGCUCCACGAGGGGAGACUGCGGUGGUUAGAACAAAAGUCUCUCUCCUUCAGCGGCGGUAUUGGUCGUCCUCAUAGUCUAUGACCAGUGUCGCGGCUUCAACGGCUCUUUCAAUCUUCUUGAUCAGAUCCAAGAAAACAGUGAUACAAGAAAAGAGACUGCAGGUGCUAAGCUGGAUAGUUAGUUACGGAUGAGUUGGAAUCCUAACCAAUUCUGUUGAAGAUUCUGUUUCAAUUCUUCUUCUUUUAAUGUUGUAUAUAAACCCCUGCAUCUUGUAAAAACUGGACAUGAAUGAAUAAACACAAAUCUC